GCACUGCAGCGUCUGUGUUGCAGUGUUGAGGCAGCAGGAUGCGGAGCGCUGUUCAAGUUUUCCAGUGGUGUCCCUCAAAGGGACAACUUUGAAAGAUAGCUAGCUUCUAAAAAAUAAGAAAUAGACAGUUACUGUACCUGACUUGGGGCUGCUCUUAAUCAAGUGCUGCAUUGCAAGGAAGAUAAUAUUCAAGCGUUAUGAAGGCGGAGAAGGAUCCUGACGACGAAGAAAAUAUCGUUAGAGAUCCAAGCUAAGUGUAGCACAGUAUGUGAGGGACUGAGUCACUUGUCAGGAGUUUGUCUGAGGGUUUGCUUUGUGAGCUUACAGAGAUUUGUAACUUUAUGCAAAGUAGUUUGCCAUUAGCAACAAGAAACUAAAUCCUGUCUAUGAUGAACUGUUGGUUUUCUUGUGCUCCUAAGAACAGACAUGCAGCAGAUUGGAAUAAAUAUGAUGACCGAUUGAUGAAAGCAGCAGAAAGGGGGGAUGUAGAAAAAGUGUCCUCAAUCCUUGCUAAAAAGGGGGUCAAUCCAGGCAAACUAGAUGUGGAAGGCAGAUCUGCCUUCCAUGUUGUGGCCUCAAAGGGGAAUCUUGAGUGUUUAAAUGCCAUCCUUAUACAUGGAGUUGAUAUUACAACCAGCGACACUGCAGGGAGAAAUGCUCUUCACCUGGCUGCUAAGUAUGGACAUGCAUUGUGCCUACAAAAACUUCUACAGUACAAUUGUCCCACUGAGCAUGCAGACCUGCAGGGAAGAACUGCACUUCACGAUGCAGCAAUGGCAGAUUGUCCUUCUAGCAUACAGCUGCUUUGUGACCAUGGGGCCUCUGUGAAUGCCAAAGAUGUAGACGGGCGGACACCACUUGUUCUGGCUACUCAGAUGAGUAGGCCAACAAUAUGUCAACUGCUGAUAGAUAGAGGAGCUGAUGUUAAUUCCAGAGACAAACAAAACAGAACUGCCCUCAUGCUAGGUUGCGAAUAUGGUUGCAGAGAUGCAGUAGAAGUCUUAAUUAAAAAUGGUGCUGAUAUAAGCUUGCUGGAUGCGCUUGGCCAUGAUAGUUCUUACUAUGCAAGAAUUGGUGACAAUCUGGACAUUCUAACCUUGUUGAAGACUGCAUCGGAAAAUACCAACAAAGGGAGAGAACUUUGGAAGAAAGGACCAUCUUUGCAACAGCGAAAUUUGACACACAUGCAAGAUGAAGUAAAUGUGAAGUCACAUCAGAGGGAGCAUCAAAAUAUUCAGGAUUUGGAGAUUGAAAAUGAAGAUUUGAAAGAGAGGUUGAGAAAAAUUCAGCAAGAACAACGAAUACUUUUGGAUAAAGUCAACGGUUUACAGUUACAGCUGAAUGAGGAAGUUAUGGUUGCUGAUGAUCUGGAAAGCGAGAGAGAAAAGCUGAAGUCCCUUUUGGCAGCUAAAGAAAAGCAACAUGAAGAAAGCUUAAGGACUAUUGAGGCUCUGAAAAAUAGGUUUAAAUAUUUUGAGAGUGAUCAUUUAGGAUCAGGAAGUCAUUUCAGUAACCGAAAAGAAGAUAUGCUUCUUAAACAAGGUCAGAUGUAUAUGGCAGACUCACAGUGUACUUCCCCAGGUAUACCAGCCCAUAUGCAAAGCAGAUCUAUGUUAAGACCUCUGGAGCUAUCUUUACCCAGUCAAACAUCAUACUCCGAAAAUGAAAUUUUAAAGAAAGAGUUAGAAGCAAUGCGAACUUUCUGUGAGUCAGCAAAACAAGACCGACUGAAGCUCCAAAAUGAACUGGCACACAAAGUGGCAGAAUGCAAAGCUUUAGCAUUAGAAUGUGAAAGAGUCAAGGAGGAUUCAGAUGAACAGAUAAAGCAAUUAGAAGAUGCAUUAGAAGAUGUGCAGAAGAGGAUGUAUGAGUCAGAAGGUAAAGUUAAACAAAUGCAGACCCAUUUUCUUGCCCUUAAAGAACACUUAACAAGUGAAGCAGCCUCAGGGAAUCACAGACUAACCGAGGAACUGAAGGAUCAGUUGAAAGACAUGAAAGCAAAAUAUGAAGGUGCUUCAGCAGAAGUGGGGAAAUUAAGAAACCAAAUCAAACAAAAUGAGAUGAUAGUGGAAGAGUUUAAGAGGGAUGAAGGCAAGCUGAUAGAAGAAAAUAAGCGAUUACAGAAGGAACUUAGUAUGUGUGAAAUGGAGCGAGAGAAGAAAGGAAGAAAGGUCAAAGAGAUGGAAGGCCAGGCAAAAGAAUUGUUAGCAAAGUUGGCCCUUUCCAUUCCAGCCGAAAAAUUUGAAAACAUGAAGAGCUCAUUAUCAAAUGAAGUGAAUGAGAAAGCAAAAAAAUUAGUAGAAAUGGAAAGAGAACAUGAAAAAUCCCUUAGUGAAAUUAGACAGUUAAAGAGAGAACUUGAGAAUGUUAAGGCCAGGCUUGCUCAGCACAUCAAACUAGAGGAACAUGAACAGGUUAAGAGCAGAUUAGAACAGAAAUCAGGAGAACUUGGGAAGAAGAUCACUGAGUUAACAUUGAAAAAUCAGACACUACAAAAGGAAAUUGAAAAGGUUUAUCUGGAUAAUAAGCUCCUCAAGGAGCAAGCACAUACCUUAACAAUUGAAAUGAAAAAUCAUUAUGUUCCUUUAAAAGUAAGUGAAGACAUGAAAAAGUCACAUGAUGCAAUUAUUGAUGAUCUUAAUAGAAAGCUUUUAGAUGUAACACAAAAAUAUACAGAAAAGAAGCUGGAAAUGGAGAAAUUGCUACUGGAAAAUGACAGCUUAAGUAAGGAUGUGAACCGCCUAGAAACUGUGUUUGUACCUCCUGAGAAACAUGAAAAAGAGGUAACAGCUCUGAAAUCCAAUAUUGUUGAACUUAAGAAACAAUUGUCUGAACUUAAGAAAAAAUGUGGUGAAGACCAGGAGAAAAUACACGCUCUCACAUCUGAAAACAGUAACUUGAAGAAGAUGAUGAGUAAUGAGUAUGUGCCAGUUAAAACCCAUGAAGAGAUUAAAAUGACACUGAAUAACACAUUAGCUAAAACUAACAAAGAAUUAUUAGAUGUGAAGAAAAAAUUUGAAGAUAUAAAUCAGGAAUUUGUAAAAAUAAAAGAUAAGAAUGAAAUAUUAAAAAGAAACCUGGAAAACACUCAGAACCAAAUAAAAGCUGAGUACAUCAGCCUGGCAGAGCACGAGGCAAAGAUGAGCUCGCUAAGUCAGAGCAUGAGAAAGGUGCAGGAUAGUAAUGCUGAAAUACUGGCCAACUACAGAAAAGGCCAAGAAGAGAUUGUGACACUGCAUGCCGAAAUUAAAGCCCAGAAGAAGGAGCUCGACACAAUACAGGAAUGCAUUAAGGUAAAAUACGCCCCAAUUGUCAACUUUGAGGAGUGCGAGAGAAAAUUUAAAGCAACAGAGAAAGAACUAAAAGACCAGUUAUCAGAGCAGACACAGAAGUAUAGUGUCAGUGAAGAAGAAGUCAAGAAAAACAAGCAAGAGAAUGAUAGGUUAAAGAAGGAGAUUUUUACCCUUCAGAAAGAUUUGAGGGAUAAGACAGUUCUCAUUGAGAAGUCUCAUGAAAUGGAAAGAGCAUUAAACAGAAAAACAGACGAGCUAAACAAACAGUUAAAAGACUUGUCACAGAAAUAUGCAGAAAUAAAGAAUGUGAAAGAGAAGCUAGUAGAAGACAAUGCCAGACAGACCUCUGAGAUACUUGCAGUGCAAAAUCUUUUGCAAAAACAACAUGUUCCAUUGGAACAGGUUGAGGCUCUGAAAAAAUCUCUUAAUGGCACAAUUGAAAAUCUAAAGGAAGAAUUGAAGAAUAUGCAAAGGUGUUACGAGAAAGAGCAGCAGACAGUGACUAAACUGCAUCAGUUGCUGGAGAAUCAAAAGAACUCUUCUGUACCCCUGGCAGAGCAUUUGCAGAUUAAAGAAGCAUUUGAGAAAGAAGUUGGAAUCAUAAAAGCUAGCUUGAGAGAAAAGGAAGAAGAAAGCCAAAACAAAAUGGAAGAAGUCUCCAAACUUCAGUCUGAGGUUCAGAAUACUAAACAAGCAUUAAAAAAAUUAGAGACUAGAGAAGUAGUUGAUUUGUCUAAAUAUAAAGCAACAAAAAGUGAUUUGGAGACACAGAUUUCCAGCUUAAAUGAAAAAUUGGCCAGUCUGAAUAGAAAGUAUGAGGAAGUAUGUGAGGAAGUUUUACAUGCCAAGAAGAAGGAAAUAUCUGCAAAAGAUGAGAAGGAAUUACUGCAUUUCAGCAUUGAGCAAGAAAUCAAGGAUCAGAAGGAACGAUGUGAUAAGUCCUUAACAACAAUCACAGAGUUGCAAAGAAGAAUACAAGAAUCUGCUAAACAAAUAGAAGCAAAAGAUAAUAAGAUAACUGAACUGCUUAAUGAUGUGGAAAGACUAAAACAAGCACUCAAUGGCCUUUCCCAACUCACCUACACAAGUGGGAACCCUACCAAGAGGCAGAGCCAGCUGAUUGACACUCUGCAGCACCAAGUGAAAUCUCUGGAGCAACAGCUGGCUGAUGCUGACAGACAGCAUCAAGAAGUAAUUGCAAUUUAUCGAACACACCUUCUUAGUGCUGCACAGGGUCACAUGGAUGAAGAUGUUCAGGAGGCUCUGCUCCAGAUCAUACAAAUGCGGCAGGGGCUUGUGUGCUAGCAGUUAGCACUGACGGCCAGUAUCUGUUUUAUCUUGCUGGUGCUGAACAUUCUUUGUGCAACUCCAUGGUCUUUCUGGGCCUUACUGUGCUGGUAUAAUUAAAAUAAAAUAUAUUUUGUUCCAUUGGUAGGUUUUUUUAAAAAAUUAGAUGAAUAUAUUAGUCUUUUUCAAUAUCAGUUUGAAUCUUAUUUUCUGUAUGUGUUAAUUUUACAAAUAGGCAAACAACAUAACACUUCGCCCUGGAUUGACUACAUAUUUUUAAACCUUCGAGUCCCUAAUAAAACAUGAGCCAUCUGAGUGAGUCCAUACGAAGCGAGGUUAGGCUGAAAUAAUUUCUUAAAGAUGUCUUUCAGAGAAAUUAAUUUCGUUGGUGGCCACUUUUAGGUGGAUCAAAAAACCUUUCAGAUCCUCAGAACCUUGAGACAUACAGUUGCGAGGAAUGUGUUAUAACUUGGCUGGCCAAGUUACAUAUUACAGUAUCUUUAUUGAGGUAAAUUCAUUAGUGUCUUUGGCCUUUUUUGUAGUUAUAGGUAUUUUUUCUUUUUACACUAAUAACUUUUAUGCCUUUUAAAAUUAAUUUUCAUAAAUGGUUUGUGGUGCUAAAUUACAGUUAGAUUAAGAACGGGCAGGGGUGGAAUAUAUCAGGAAUUUAUAAUAAAAUUGCCUCAAUCUCUACAACAGUAUCUUAAUUUUUACUUGUGGUGACUAUUCUUGCCACAGUAUUAGUGAAUAGUGAUAAAUGAUAUACUAGAUUUUUCAAAGUGUCAAAACCUUUAGACUUUUUUUUAGCAAUUAGUUUGACAUUUGCUACUAUAGUAACCAAGCACUCAUUAUAUAUGCAUCCUCCAAAUGUUUCAUGCUUAUUUAUAGGAAAGUUAUACUACUGAGAUUAAUAAUGUGAAAUACAGUUUUCCUGCAAAAUUAGCAUUAGAGAAUUGAUUUUAGAUAACAGAUUUUCGAAGUUUUAGAGACAAGUGCAGUAAUACAGUAAACGGAAAGAGUAUAUAGAUAGUAAUAAAAUAACAUAAGUGGACAUGUUUAUAGUAAAUACUCUGAAGUAACCAACGGUUUUUAUUUACUGCGUCUCAUUAGGGAAAGUUUAUAUAUCUUGUUAUUUUUUAUUAACAUUUUAUUUACCAUUCGGAGUGAAAAUUACUAAUUUGAGUAUUAACAAAUAACUGAAUAAAUGGAUCAUUGCAGUUAGGUUUUCUCAAAUUGCAAAAUUUGCCUUAGCAAUAAUCUUUGAACAUCCUGAACCAGAUUUUGUAAUGCUAUUUUUUUAAUAGGGUAAAAGUACCAUCAAAAUGACUUUUCAUACCAAAGAAUAAGUCAUCAUAUUUUUUCAGUGUUGAAACAACAUUGAAAGCCAGAAUUGGAUUUAUUUUUAAUUCUUUAUAUGGUUUACAUAAGCAAUAUCUGUUUCUUUAAUUAUUAUGUUUAAUGUUGUCAUUCAGCAUGAGUUCUGUUUCACAAGUUUUGGGCCACCUAUUUCAAUUAAAAAAAAAAAAUUAAAAAAGUUGCCAGGGGUAGUGGCUUAUGCCUGUAGAAUCCUUUGGGAGGCCGAGGCAAGUAGAUCACCUGAGGUCAGGAGUUCAGACCACCCGACCAAUAUGGUGAAACUCCGUCUCUAUUAAAACUACAAAAAUUAACCCGGCAUGGUGGCGGACGCCUGUAUUCCCAGGUACUUGGGAGGCUAAGACGGGAGAAUCGCUUGAAUGCCGGUGGCGGAGGUUGCAGUGAGCCAAGAUCACGCCACUGCACUCCAGCUUGAGCAACAGCGAGACUCCAUCUCAAAAUAAAAUAAAUAAAAUAAAAGCUCUACAAUAGAGCAAAGUUUUAAACUGAAUAUUUAUGUUAAGUGUUUUAUUUUCCACAUUAGAGAUGGGAAGGGAACCUUAUGUGUAUUUUAUUUUGUUUUCAACCAUUAAUAAAGUUUUCUCUAGAA